ACAAAAAUACGCCCAACUAGUCUGUCUGACGGGACGAACGGAAGGAGUAUACUGUACUGUACGCCGGAAUGGACACGGAUAACGUCUCUGUCAGACAGCCAGUAUGACAAGCUCUUUCAGAGGGUGCUGGAACCCUUCUUGGAUGUUUGCCUGGAAGAUGCUAAAGUGAUGCUGAGUGAAGUUGAGCAGCUGCAGACCAGUAUAGACCAUGUCUCCCACAAGGUGGAGGGCAGCAGAGAGACACAGAAGAAGAGACUUCAGGACGAGGAGGAGGAUCAAGACUCCGACUUAUCAGCGUGUGACUGCUGGGUCCAGUGUUGUGCUCCAGACUGCAGGAAGUGGAGGAAGCUGCAGCCACUCACAGAUCUGUCAGCUCUUCCUGAAGACUGGACCUGCCAGCUCAACCCUGACAGGACCCGCAGUGUGUGUGCAGCCUCCGAAGAGUCCUGCUCAGAAGGAGAGGAGGUCUGGUCCAGCCUGGUACCUGGAGCCCUGGUCUGGGCCCAGCAGCCUGGAUACCCCUGGUGGCCGGCCAUAGUGGAGAAGGAUCCAGAUACUAAGAGCUUCCGUCAGUUCAAGAAGAAGACUGACUUGGAUCCUUGCAGGUACCAUGUGACAUACCUGGGAGAGCCAGUGAGCAGGGCCUGGGUUACUUCAUCCAAGAUCCAACCCUACACACACCUGGACCAGAGCAGAGCUGUUACUUCAAAGAGUCAGGAGAGCUACAGGAAGAAACUGAGUGAAGCUGUUACCAUGGCAGCUAGGGCCCACAAAGCAUCUCUGAAGACCAGAUUGUCCAUGUUUGGGUGGUUAACUCGUACCAUCUCUGACAGAGAGAGCUCAGAGGACACCGAUAUAGCAGUUCUUUCUGGGGAUUCUUGGUGUUGGUCCGUACGCGGUGAUAAAACUACAAAUCCUGUGAUGCAACACCUGCCUGCGAAAUACAUCUGCGUCUCCUCAGAGUUUGUUAAAGUUCGGCUCCGUGUGGAAAAUGGGAAAGUGUACUUUCAAUGAGACAUGGCUACAUCACAGCUGGUUACAAGCGGUACCCAGCUCCGGGGACGAGGCUUGCUGCAAACUUUACCCAAAAUAUAUUCUACUAAUGGGUUACUAAUGUGAUUGCUUUAUCUGUAAAUUAAAUUAAUGCUUUUUCAAUAACUGAAUUCAUUCAUCUUUUCAGAAUUUCUUUGAUUUGAAUAUAUUUUUGGUAAUGCGUCGUGUAGGUCUUAAAUGUAAAUCUUUAUGGUCUUAACAUUUCUUAAAAAGGUCUUAAAUUUGAUUUACUGAAACCUGCAAGAACCCUGUAUAUACACCUACUGUACCAGGGAUGGAAAUAAAUAAAAAUGUCCGCUGGCCACUGUGGCUGGGGGAUUUCAAAAGGUACCAGCCACUCAAUGUUUGUACCAGCCACUUUCUUGUUUUUAACUGACAAUGUGUAACUGCAUGUGAAAUAUAAUAUAAAAGAUCUACAAUACAUAAGCAGUUUAUUUAAUCUCAAGUCUCAAUGAAACACUAACACUCUUUCUUUCUUAUACAUACACAAACCACAAACUGAUAUACAUUUCAUUAAAUGAGUAGGGUAGGUUAAACAACAAACUAACAUUCCUCCACCCACCCUCCCCACUCCCAGUAUAAUUUACUCCUGCUGAUCAGAAUCAGAUUCUGAAGUUUCAGAGAUGCUUUCCUGAGCGUUCUUCUUCCAUGUCAGGGCGAACAGCACCCGCAAAGCGGAGGGGUGUAGCUUCGCUCUCAGGGGGCUUAUUUUGUAUAGAACGGCGUUUUAUACAUCAUCCCGCU